AUGGAGGGAGUUACUACCAAUGGCCACGUUGAAGAAACUUUUUGUUUGAGCAAAAAUGGCGGUGUUGUUGCUGGGGCUGAUCCACUCAAUUGGGGUGCGGCAGCGGAGGCGUUGACGGGGAGUCAUUUGGAUGAGGUGAAGCGUAUGGUUGCCGAGUAUCGUAAACCGAUCGUUAAAAUCGGCGGUGAGACGCUCACCAUUGGUCAGGUGGCUGGAAUUGCUUCUCACGAUAGUGGUGUCCGGGUGGAGCUUUCCGAGUCGGCAAGGGCUGGCGUUAAAGCGAGUAGUGAUUGGGUGAUGGACAGCAUGAAUAAAGGGACUGACAGUUACGGUGUUACCACCGGUUUUGGUGCUACUUCUCACCGGAGAACCAAACAAGGUGGUGCCUUGCAGAAGGAGCUAAUUAGGUUUUUGAAUGCUGGAAUAUUUGGCAAUGGUACAGAAUCUAAUUGUACAUUACCACACACUGCAACAAGAGCUGCAAUGCUUGUUAGAAUCAACACACUUCUUCAAGGAUACUCAGGAAUCAGAUUUGAAAUCCUGGAAGCAAUCACAAAGUUUCUAAACAACAACAUUACUCCAUGUUUACCGCUUCGCGGAACAAUCACAGCUUCUGGUGACCUUGUUCCACUUUCAUACAUUGCUGGUUUGUUAACCGGGAGGCCGAACUCGAAGGCCGUUGGACCGUCUGGCGAGAUUCUUAAUGCUAAAGAAGCAUUUCAGCUUGCAGGUAUUGGUUCCGAGUUCUUUGAGUUGCAACCAAAAGAAGGUCUUGCUCUUGUUAACGGAACUGCUGUUGGUUCUGGUUUGGCUUCUAUUGUUCUGUUUGAAGCAAAUGUGCUGGCUGUUUUGUCUGAAGUUAUGUCAGCGAUUUUCGCGGAAGUUAUGCAAGGAAAACCGGAGUUUACCGAUCAUUUGACUCAUAAGUUGAAGCAUCAUCCUGGUCAGAUUGAAGCUGCUGCUAUCAUGGAACAUAUUUUGGAUGGAAGUGCUUAUGUUAAAGCAGAUAAGAAGUUACAUGAGAUGGAUCCUUUGCAAAAACCGAAACAAGAUCGUUACGCACUUAGAACUUCGCCUCAAUGGCUUGGUCCAUUGAUUGAAGUUAUAAGAUUCUCAACCAAGUCAAUUGAAAGAGAGAUUAACUCUGUUAACGAUAACCCUUUGAUCGAUGUAUCGAGGAACAUGGCGUUACACGGUGGUAAUUUUCAAGGAACGCCUAUUGGAGUUUCGAUGGAUAACACGCGUUUAGCUCUUGCUUCAAUUGGUAAACUCAUGUUCGCGCAAUUCUCUGAGCUUGUUAACGAUUUUUACAACAAUGGUUUGCCUUCGAAUCUCUCUGGUGGUAGGAAUCCAAGUUUGGAUUACGGUUUCAAAGGCUCUGAAAUCGCUAUGGCUUCUUAUUGUUCCGAGAUACAAUAUCUUGCUAACCCUGUCACCACUCAUGUCCAAAGUGCUGAGCAACAUAACCAAGAUGUUAACUCUCUCGGUUUGAUUUCUUCGAGAAAAACACAGGAGGCUAUUGAGAUUCUAAAGCUUAUGUCUUCUACUUACUUGAUCGCGCUUUGUCAAGCAAUUGACUUAAGGCAUUUGGAGGAGAAUCUGAGAAAUGCUGUGAAGAACACGGUGAGUCAAGUUGCUAAGAGAACACUCACAACCGGUGUCAACGGAGAGCUUCAUCCGUCUAGAUUCUGCGAGAAAGAUUUGCUCAAAGUCGUUGAUAGAGAGUACGUAUUCGCCUAUGCUGAUGAUCCUUGUCUAGCCACAUACCCUUUGAUGCAAAAGUUGAGACAAGUCCUUGUGGAUCACGCAUUGGUGAAUGUGGAAGGCGAGAAGAAUUCAAACACCUCGAUUUUUCAGAAGAUUGCAACUUUCGAAGACGAGUUGAAGGCUAUCUUACCUAAGGAAGUUGAAAGUGUAAGAGCUGCAUACGAAAACGGACAAAGUGGAAUUCCAAACAAGAUCAAGGAAUGUAGGUCUUAUCCGUUGUACAAGUUUGUCCGAGAGGAAUUGGGGACCGCGUUGUUGACAGGCGAAAAGGCGAUUUCCCCGGGCGAAGAGUGUGACAAAGUAUUCACAGCUAUGUGUCAAGGUAAAAUUGUUGAUCCUCUUAUGAAAUGUCUUGGAGAGUGGAAUGGUGCACCUCUUCCAAUUUGUUAA